GAAUGGUCCGACAAUACCCAACUCCCCAUCGUAUCGUACAUUCGUACCCCAUGCUCAAUUACUGCGAUAACUAUUUCCCGGUUGCCUGAGCCAAGUAACCAUGGCGAUGGAAAUUGUUGAUUUUAUUUCACACAAAAAUUGGUAAAAUAACAUUUAUCAAUUAACAUUCUGUUUUACAACUCAAAUUCUGAAUUUGCUGGGGUUCAACAAGAUGAUGUCUCCUAAACCAACUUCUGAGGAUCGUCACCCAGUUUAUUCAAGGCAAACACCUCUUAGAAUCAUACAUUUCACUGGCAACUUUAUGCGAAUAUGGUCAAUCUAUUCCAUGUACCAUUACUUAUCUCAAUCAGAAUCUUCAGUAGUGCUGUAUAUAUUCAGUUGUCUGGUUCCGUCAUCCAUCAUCUUUUUAGCUUUGCAAAAACCUUGGAGAGGAAGGGCACUUUCCAAUGCUCAGAUUGUUCCUUCGUUGAUAAAUGGAGCUAUAACAGCUUUGUAUUUCAUCCUUUGGGUGAAAGGGGUCAAAGCAUGUGGCCCUCUUCGAGCAAUUCUUGCAGAGUAUUCAGGCGCUGUACUUGGAGUGUUAUCUGCAGUUCUGUAUGGGCGUAGGGGUCAUAUCUGGAAAAAGGUUGGUGGACUAGUAGCAAUGCUAGCUUCCCUCUACUUCUUAUCUCAGGGAUGGGCCAUGGCUACUUAUUCUCCUUUUUCAUUCAGAGAGAUCACGGAUUCUGAUGCUCAAAAGGAAAAGGUAUUAGGAAUGAGAGAAAUGGCAGUUCCUAUGCUGGCAGGAAUAUUAUCUGCUUUCAGAAGAGUGAUUUCACGGCGUAUUUCAAUAAAGAAUCAGCUUAAGAGGCGUCUUCAUGCCAUUACAAUUGCUUCUGCUACAUGCUUCAUGUUUCCAGUAGCCAUGUGGGAUGCAAUAUUGGGGACAACUCCUGAUAGCAACAAGGAUUUUCCUUUUUCCGCGUGGCCUUACAUGAGCACCAUCCUUUUUGGAGUUAUAUUGAUAUCCUAUAUUGAGAAUAUUGCAGAAGAGAGGUUGCACAUGGUGUUCUCAUCUCCUAAACACCUUAUGGCAGCUGGAGGAUGUAUAAUUUUAUUGGAGAUUUUGUACAAAAUGGACUUCUCUCUAGCAGGAUUCAUUAUUUGCUGUGCAGUUUUGGGUUUUGGUAUAUACGAAGCAACUUCUUUGGAACGUCCGAGGCGAGAUUCUAAUCAUACUUUAGAACCUUCAGAGAAUUUAUUCGAGGACGAGAUUCAGAUGUCAUCACUGCCAACUUGAACCGAGCUUGUUGUUACCUUAUUUAUAUACCAGAAGAAUGUAGCUGGGAGCUUGAAGUUGGAAUUCUGCUGGUGAAUUUCAUGGAAAUGUCAGCGUUUGUUCAUCUAAUAGCCUUGUAAAGCUUGGAAGCCUCAAAUAUUGACAUGUAAAUCAAACAAGGUAAAUUCUAAUGCUGAUCAGUCAAUGUUCGGAAAAAGACAUUUUAGCAUUUCAGGAAUCUGCAGCAUAUGAAGAAUGAUAGCCGCCUAGCCGGACUGUAGAUCAACAUAUACUCAACUGAAAAACGUUAUCGUAGCUCAAUUUUUUUACAAGACGAAAAGGAAAGGAAAAGUGAUUUUAUUUUUGUAUCUUUUUCCUGUUUUAUGUAUUACCAAUUUGCAGCUGUGUUUAGCUUAGUGAUACUAUCAAUUCAUGACAAGAAAACUAUUCAGUGCUAAUGUUUUUCUCUAA